CUGGGGUUCUUUGUUUACAUAUAAAGGGAGUUUUCCCGCAGUGUGUUCACAUAUUUGGCGGACAAAGGCAUUUGGAGAAUGGCUUCCAAAGUUUCUAUAAUUUCCUUGGUGCUUAUUGGCAUCACCAUGACAUUUUGGAUGGUUGCCAUGUUAACUCCAGGAUGGCUUGUUGUGUACAUAACCAACGAAUUGUAUCCACAGGGAAUGAAGGCUGCCUUCAGUAUAUUUUAUUAUCAGAUGUGUUACCCCUCUGACCAGUGUAAGACUGAUUCUCUGUCCUCUUCCAAGGAAGAUAACUCUGCCUCAUCACCGGGCAUGCCUCACUUUGUGGAGAUUCAGCUGGAGGCUUGCUUUGCAAUCAUUGUAUGCUGUGCUGGCUUUGUUCUGCUCCUGGUGAACCAAAGAGCUGUCCUUCCCAAAACCUCCCGAGUUGUAGUUGGAGGCAUUCUUGUGUUUCUUGGAGUGGUCUCUGAAUCCAUCCUUGUUGGUCGGAUGAUCAAUGCAAACUUGAAGACAAAUGACCAGUUCUCACAGAUUCUAGAAAAUGUACCAGUCAAUUUACCUUUCAUUGUGGAUUACCGCGUUGGAGUACAGUAUUCUAUCAUCCUGGCCGGCCUCGGUGUCAUCACUGGCAUCAUCUCCUGCGUGGCUCUGACCUGUGUCUAUUGUAGAAGUCGAGGUGCAUCCUCAGAAGAACAUCAAGUGUUGGAGGUGUACCCACCGGUCACUCAAAAUUACCAACAUCUUCAAGAGAGUUACUGAAAUCAAAAGUACUGACAGUUUUAUUUGAGAUUUGAUUUGAAUCUCUGAGAACCUAAUUGAUUUUGAAGACUAUAACUGCCAAAAUAUUUACACGUAGUAUUGUUCAAUCAUGAACCACUUUUUGCUAUUUUUAUUGUUUUUGAUGUGUUCAUUAUUGCUCCACACAGAUUUGUGGGUCAUUUGUAUUAAUCACUAUUUGUCAAUCACUUUUCCAUUCAUCCAAAAGGGUUUAUUUUUUGCAUGAUAGCUCUUUAAAGAUUGUUCUAUGGUGUUGAAGUUUGGUAUUUUUUUUUAGCAAGCAAUAAGGCAUUUUUUGAUAUCAAAGUCAUCAAAUUUGGAAUAAGUAAAGUUUCUUAACAAGUGUAAGAAAGAAUGGAAAAGUAGAAAAAAUCAACUUUCUAGACAUGAUUACUAGUAUGAUACUUAUACUAUAUCCCUCAAGUUUAAUUAUCUUACUUACUGCAAAAGAGCAAGAAUCUAAUCUUUGACUUUCACAUAAAAAAAAAGCUCUUUCAGCAAGUGAUAUUUGUUUUGAGGUAAAUCUUACACUUGAGUGAUGUUUGCUCUUACUUAAGCCUGGCAUCUUAUAAAAUGCUUGCUUUUGACAAGUGGUUAAGUAAUAACAUCACUGGAAACUGUUAUUUUGACUUUUUUAUAUAAAUUGUAUAAUUACAGUUGUUAAAUGUUUUCUCACUAUGCUUAAGUUGUCAUUUCUUAUCCUUCCACCCUAUUAUUAGAUAUAUACAUGUAUCCCUUAGCGGUGCCCUUGCUGACUUACAGUUUUAUAGUCUGUGUACAUGGUGCUUUUAUAUUAUGACAUUAUUUUCAUGCUUCAAGUAUUAGAAUAAAAUAUAUGUUACACA